CAUCUUCCCGGUCGGCGGCGCCAGGGUCAGAGGGGGGCGGGGUCUCUAGUCCGGGCCUGGGGCCGGGAGCAGCCGCUCGCUGGCUAGGAAGCGGUGAAAGUUCAGGUGCUGUGGGGUGAGAGGCCGCAGCCGCGAGAAGCUCGGCGACCCAUAGGAGAGUCCGGGUGGUGAGUGUUUCCCCUUCUCCCCACGAUCCGGGUGAGGAAUAACCCGGGUCCUGGCUGCUCGCCGCCCUUCCCGGCUGCCCCGGAGCGGGGGCUCUCUCGCUGCACAGAGGGGUUCUCCUAGCCCGGCCCGCGCAGGCCCGCCCGGGGAGGGGGGGCGGCGAUCGUGUCACCCCUCCCUUGGCUACUGGGUUUUAAUACCGAUCUCAGCCUGCGGCUGGGUGUCUGUGGUGGUAACAUGCCAUUUAGGGUGGCUGGCGAACCAGCUCCACCCCUGCUCUCUAGUUCCCCACCCCUUUUCCCUUUAUGGGCCGCUGCCUGGGUAGGUUUCUUGCGGAGCACGCAAUGGCUAUGUGGAGGAGACGUUCACCAUAUGGCCGCUUUCCCUCUCUGUUUAGCCUCCGCGUUGCUGUUAUUGUUAAUAUUAAUAAACAUAUGCAUUACAGUGGCCCCGAAAGAGUAAGGUCAGGAUCCUAUUUCGCUAGGUGUGAUCCAGAUACAACAAGUCAGCUCCUGCCCCACAGUGCAGUCUUGCUCUUUUAUUCAUAGACAAGGGGAGCAAAUAAUUCCUAGUUAUUGCUGAAAGGUUUCUCUGAUCCUAUGUGUGUAUUGUAAGUCACAGUUCCAACUGUCUAAGAGGGGACUUGGUCCCUGAGUUGCUUAAUCCAUUGAAAUAAAAAGAGGAGGCAACUUGUUCCUAUAUAAACAUAAAGGAGAUGGUAUAGCUGAACACUGGUAAUAUUUAGUCUUGCCAUGAGUGCAGGGAACUGGACUAGAUGACCUCUUCCAGUCCUACAAUUCUAUGAUGAUAAAGAAUAACAAACAUAAAUAUAGGGGGGCGGGCAGUGACUUUGCCUAAAACUUUUAGCUGUAAAAAAAAAUCAUGCAGUCUAUUUUUGAGAUGCUGUAACACCUUUGAAAUUUGGUAGGGAGAAAGGUGUAGGGCUGGAGAAGUGUUUUUUCUUUGUCCCCUGAAAUUCCAUUCAGAUUUGUCUGAGAAACUUUUCAAAUCCUCAGUUCUCUUCUGUUGUUUGUAUUAUUAACACGUCAAAUAAGCAGCAACAGCACAUCCUGCAUUGGGAGCCCAGGGAGCAGAUAACCUCCCCCAGGAAGUGUGGAAAAGGAGAGGUGGGCUGGGCUGGGUUCCCUUCACUUUCUCUGGGCCCAGAACAUAGCCCAAUCCCCCACAUCACCCAGGAUAACUACCUUCUGUCACCGCCAGAGUCUGCAACAAUCAAGCAGUUGUACUGAGUUCAAGUUCAGAAGUGCUUUACACAUGAAGCCAAACUGGUUCGCUAGCUGACUUCCCUCUGUCACCAUCUCAGCAGAGCUGGACUUGCAAUCAUGGAGGAACAUCAGCAGCAUUUACACUGUGUCAAUUGUGUCAGUCGGCGUUGCAUGACCAGACCAGAGACUGGAAUUUCCUGUGACUUGAUUGGCUGCCCACUGGUUUGUGGCGCAGUCUUUCAUUCAUGCAAAGCUGAGGAGCAUCGCAUUUUGUGUCCAUUUGAAAGAGUGCCUUGUUUGAAUAGUGGCUUUGGAUGUCCCUUUAAUGUAGCCCGAAACAAAAUCGCUGAACAUCUAGAAACUUGUCCUGCAAGUGUGGUUUGCUGCACUAUGGAAUGGAAUAGAUGGCCAGUCAGUUAUGCAGACCGGAAAUCUUAUGAAAAUCUAAGUAAAGAUGUUGAUGAAGUAGAGCAGUUAGACAUGGCUUUAGCCCUUCAAGACCAGCGCAUGCUAUUAGAAUCCCUCAAAGUAGCAACUAUGAUGUCAAAAGCAGCUGAUCAGAUAUCCGAACCUAGAGAGCAGACUUCUGUUAAGUCAAGUGCUCCUGACACAAUGCUUUCAAAUGGGUUGAUACCUGCAGAUGGAGAUUCCUACAGUGCACUUUAUCAAGCUACUGUAGAAACUACUAAGAGUUUAGCUGCUGCAUUAGAUAUACUGAACACUGCUACAAGAGACAUAAGCAUGUUAAGUUCAAGACUAUGUAUUUUGCCAUAUGAGAUGAAUGAAGAUUUUCAGAUCAAAGAACAAACUACUAAUGGAUGUAUUCAAAGUAAAUUGCCAGACCAUGAAUAUCCAGAUGAAGAUAACAUGGGAGCAGUUGGUGGAAUUGACUUUGAUGUCUUGAGCCAAAAUUCACAAUCGGAACAAAAUGGUUCAAGUGAUUUUUGUUAUGAUAUAGUGCAAAAACGUGACUUGAAUGUGAAUCUUGGUAAUGCUUCUGCUCUUUGUAAUGGUUUUCAUGCAGAAAAUAUAGGUACAGAGGCAUUGGACCAGAAUGAAGAUCUAGAUGUAUGUGAUUCAAAACCAUCUAAUGUAGCAAAUGGUGAAUGUAUUGCAUCUCCUGAUGAUGGAGCAUUGAAGUCUUGCAGCUCCUUUCCUGUAGCAGCACAACAACUUAGAGAAGUAAUAACACCCCACAGUUUAUUUAAUGGCGCUGCUAACCAUAUACAACUGCCACAUGUCUCCAGUGGAGAGGAAGUGUUAGAGAGGCAAUUGGAACAAGAAAGGUUGAGAAAUGUAGAUGUGUUUUCUCUAAUUCAUCAUCGAUCAUACAAUUUUCUUGUUAACCACUGUUGGUCUACACCAAAGGAAGACAAAGCUGUUGAUACAUCAGAUUUGGAGAUUACAGAAGACCCUAUGGGUCUUCAGGGGAUAGAUCUAAUCACAGCAGCUUUGCUAUUCUGUCUAGGAGACUCUCCGGGUGGUAGGGGGAUAUCAGAUAGUCGCAUUGUUGAUGGAUAUCGCAUUGAUUUUGGGACUCAAACAUUUUCCCUCCCAUCUGCGAUAUUGGCCACAAAUACAAUGGUAGGGGAAAUAGCUUCAGCUUCAGCAUGUGAUCAUGCCAACCCACAGCUCUCAAAUCCAAGUCCUUUUCAGACACUUGGUCUGGACUUGGUAUUGGAAUGUGUGGCUAGAUACCAAACAAAACAGCGUUCAAUGUUUACAUUUGUUUGUGGACAAUUGUUUAGGCGAAAUGAAUUUUCUUCACAUUUUAAGAAUGUGCAUGGUGACAUUCAUGCUGGCCUCAAUGGCUGGAUGGAGCAGAGGUGUCCCUUGGCAUACUAUGGGUGUACAUACUCUCAACGUAGGUUUUGUCCUUCAACACAAGGAGCAAAGAUUAUUCAUGAUCGCCAUCUGAGGUCAUUUGGAGUUCAGCCUUGUAUAUCUACAGUAUUAGUAGAACCAGCUAAAAGCUGCCUCAUUGGUCCAUGUAGUGAUCAUCUGAGUAGUCUUCCUUUUGAGGUUCUACAACAUAUUGCUGGUUUUCUAGAUGGUUUUAGUUUGUGUCAGCUUUCAAGAGUGUCACGAUUAAUGAGAGAUGUAUGUGGAAGCUUGCUUCAAGCACGUGGAAUGGUCAUUCUGCUUUGGGAAAAGAGAAAGUACCCAGAUGGAAGUUCUUCAUGGCAAAUAAAAGAAAAGGUGUGGCGGUUCAGUACAGCUUUUUGUACUGUAAAUGAGUGGAAAUUUGCUGACAUCGUAAGCAUGGCUGACCACUUGAAGAAAUGUAAUUAUAAUGCUGUAGAGAGAAGGGAGGAGGCUGUCCCGCUGCCAUGUAUGUGUGUAACACGAGAACUCACUAAAGAAGGACGUUCACUCCGCUCUGUCUUGAAACCUGUACUUUAAAUGCGAUGUCACUCCACUUGCACAUACACUCAAGCACCUGAUAUAACCUCUGUGUAAUAUUAUGUGACACUUUAUUAAUGUACUAAAGAUAAUUUCUAGUUAAAUCUACUCUGUCACUAUGUAUAUAAUGUUUUGAAGUGACAUUUAUUUUUUAUAAUACUGUUUAGUUGAAAGUAUUGAAAGUUGCCUUAAUGUUUGAAAAAUUUGGAACUUGCUGGACAGGGUAGUUUUAUCUAACUUAUAUAAUUUUUAAAAAAAAUCUCUAAUGUAUGUUUUUUUUUCUGAUUCACUGGUGCCCAUAUUUUUGCUGAAUUAAUAAAUUUUCAGAAAUGAACUUCUAAAGGUAUGCACAUUCAAAUAGGAUACUUUGAGUUGUAGUGAGACAAGUCAUUGUAAUGUUAUAAAUGACUAAACAUUCAAAAGCUGAACAUUAUUCAAAACUUUGAAGUAGAUGUCUCAGACAAACCCUUGACUUUUUAAGUACACGUGUGCGAAUUUCUUAGUUUAAUCAGUGUUCUAGUGCUCAUCCUAGUUAAUAUACAUGUGACCUAGGAUAUGCAUUUUUAAAAAUAUGUAGCAAUGAGCUAAGUGAACUCUGAUUUAUGGCAGAUUAAUUUUAGCACAACUUUCUUUUGAACAGUCAGCAAUGGUUAUUUUUCUUGCGAACUAACAGUUAUUUCACUUUUGAGAGCAAACCUCUUGAAGUUAAAACCAUGAAAUAUUUAUUAGCUGUUAGGUUGGCAUUUGAGUUUAUAAUCAUUUUUUUAAUCCCAUUCGCCAAUCCUAUAGUUGAUUAAAGGAGAAAAUGCUUGAACAAAAUCUUAUUUCUUGUCAUAAAUUGGAAUAUGGGAUGCACAACUGUGGAUUUUAAAAUGCAGCUAACGAAAGGACUUAAAUUGUUUUAUGGUAUUGUAACAUGUAUUGUCUUUCGUUUCUGUUAAUUUGUCUAUAAAAAUGCUACACUGGUUGAGGGCAUUUUAAUUGCCUACGUGCAUCAAAAUGUAUCAUCUUCAUAAGAUGAGACAGUUUCCAUGAGUUGCAUGAGGCAUAUCCAAAAUGUUCUGUUCAGCCACAUCUUUGAUUAAAUGAACAACUCUAAAUUGUUUCCACAGUCUCCUGUAAUGUAGAAACUUGCAUAGCAUUUUGUGAAUAGGAAGUAUGUACUAUGAGAAAUGCCCUGGUAAUAGCAAAAGUACACUAGCUUAAUUCAAAAUGACUUUCAGACUUUUGUGUUGGUGACCAUGGACUGUUGCACUUGGUAACUGUGCCACACACUAAAACAGAAACAGACCAGAGUUUGGAAUGAUAAAAUACAGUAUGUAUUUCAAUUUUAGGUAAAACAAGGUACUCUUAAGGAGAGAAUGCUACAGAAAUGGUUACAUUUAAAGCUUGUAACUUCUAGAAGAGAUACUUGUUUAUGGCUAACCUGGCUUCAGUUCACAAUUACAGCAUCUGUGUAAUGUCCAUUCCGGGUCCAAUCCAGCUAAACAGUCAUUGCCUUUUUCUGUUCAGAAUGCUGAAGGUGCUCCAGAAAGAAACAAAACCCAGUUCUUCAGUGCCAUAUGACAAAACUGUUGAAGAGCUCAAGCAAAACAAGCUCUCUGCAUCCCAUUCUCUAGAAUGUCUGAAUCUCUGGAUCAUGUGUCUUUUUGACACUUCUUCCUCCCACCUUGGAUGGGAGCAAAUGGGGGAAGAACCCUCUGCAAAAAAAAAAAAAAAAGGUUAAUCUGUUUUCGGUAAGUUUCCAUACAUAUCCAUGGUGGUGGCUGCAGGGAACAUGGAUGAUAUACUAAUUUGGACAUACAAAUUAGGUUUUAGCUGUAGGUAGAAGGAUCCCUACCUCCCUUCCCUCUAGUGUGUUGCAAUGCUGUUUACUCUCAAAACCAAGAGAAAGAAACCUCCAGUCCCAUGCAGGGACAGUUUCCGUUUCAGCACUGUAUCUCUUAGCUGUAAUGGACCCUUGCUGCCUUUCCCUGACAUCCAGAAGUAGCUGUCAUACUGGAAGAACUCAGACAAUUCAGGCUCCAUCUUUAAAGCUGCCUCCAAGGUAGUAGAUAUUCACUUAGCCAAGGACUGCUGUGACUUUGGUACUUAGUAUUCUUUGUAACUACCAGGAUCCUGCUUCCUAUGGAAUAACUGGGCUGGGCAGAGGUGUUUCUCUAGAGAGAAGAGGGUACUGCAAGGGCUUAUAUUGACAGAAUCUAGGCUGUAGUUCAGUGCAAA